AUGGGUAUUUGGGAUGAUUCAUUUUGGCUGCCUGAAAAUGUCACUUGGAAUGAUCUGAAAUCAACUUCAGCCGUCAGAUAUCCUGAUGUUAAUGAUUUAUAUUAUGUUAUCAAAUACACUUUAAUUUUAUUAUUUGUGCGAAUACUCGUGGAAUCUUUUAUAUUUUUACCGCUUGGAAUAUUUUUUGGUUGGGUAGAUGUAUCUUAUGGUACAAUUAAUCGGAUUUCUGCACAUUUAUGCUUCGGAUUUGCUGGAAAAAGUAAAUUUAAACGUGUAGCCGAAACAGCAUGGCGUUUCCUUUUUUAUUCUUGCAUAUGGCUCGCUGGUCUGUUUAUACUAUGGAAUGAACCACAAAUGCGCGAUGUAGCAGAAUGUUGGCGUAAUUGGCCUCAUCAUCCGAUAAGCGAAUCUGUUUGGUGGUAUUAUAUUAUUGAAACAUCUUUUUAUUGUGCACUUUUGUUCAGCUCUCUUGCUUUUGAUAUAAAACGCGAUGACUUUUGGCAAAUGACUCUUCAUCAUACAAUAACCAUUAUAUUACUCUUUAUGAGUUUUACAAUGAAUAUGGUUCGUGCUGGAACUUUGGUUCUUUUUUGUCACGAUCUUGCUGAUAUAUUCAUUGAAUUGGGUAAAUUAUUCCGGUAUGCUGGAUGGGAAACGGCUUUAUUGAUCGAUUUUAUUGUAUUUUUUUUUUUAUGGGUAUUGACUAGAUUAAUAUAUUAUCCGUUCUGGUUUAUCCGAUCCGUUUUAUUUGACGCACCUGCACUGAUACAAAGUGAUUAUCGCUGGCAAAAUUUGUUGGAGAAACCCAUUGUUCCUCGUAUUUUGGCCACAAUGCUGUUUUGUUUGCUUAUUUUGCAUAUUUUUUGGACAUAUUUGAUUGUAAAAGUUGCACUUACAACAAUUCAUGGUGGUGAACUUGAUGAUAUACGAGAAUCUGAUGAAACCGGAAAUAAUGAAAAAAGUGCCAAGAAAAAAUUGUAG